GGGAUCUUGGAGUAGGAUGAAGGAUUUCAAGAGUCACAUGCACUCAACUUUUAAUCAGUUCAUCUUCUCUCCUCAGACACAAACACUGUGGGAAUUUCUUUCUUCCUCUUUAAAAACUUUCUUUUAUUUUCCACUUUCCUAAACAUCUCAAUUCGGACAUUUUUCCGGGACUUUUUAAGGGCUUUAAAUCGCAGACACCGGUUGCUUCUGAACAUGCUCUCCUCUGGCGCAUCUGAACUCAACCUGCUGGCGUGAAACAGUGACCUCCUGAAGAAGAAGCGACAUUUUUAUUAUUUUUCUCCAACAUCCACAUAAGUUUUCCCCCAGGAUGACAGAAGAGACCAGAAACGAGCACAGAGCAGAAAGCGGAAAGGAUUUGGAGAAGCAGCUCCGGCUGCGCGUCUGCGUCCUAAAUGAACUUCUGAAGACUGAACGGGAUUAUGUGGGAACCCUGGAGUUCCUCUCGGUGUUCCUACAUCGUCUUAACCAAUACGCGGCCACCAAAAUUGACAAAAACAUCACAGAGGAAACGGUCAAGGUUUUAUUCUCCAACAUUGAGGAGAUUCUGGCUGUCCAUAAGGACUUCCUUUCCAUGGUGGAGGAGCUGCUGCAGCCCGACCCUCACCCUCACCAUGAAAUCGGCCGCUGCUUCCUGCGUUUUAGGAGUCGUUUCCAGGUUUACGAUGAAUACUGCGGAAAUCAUGAGAAGGCCCAGAGGCUGCUGUUGGAGCUCAAUAAGACCAGGAGCAUCAGGACAUGCUUGCUGAAUUGCAUGUUGCUGGGAGGCAGGAAAAACACUGAGGUCCCACUUGAAGGUUACUUGGUAGCUCCCAUUCAGAGGAUCUGCAAGUACCCGCUGCUGCUGAAAGAGCUGCUGAAGAGGACCCCUAAGAAGCACAACGACCACGCGUUGGUGCAGGAGUCCCUUCAGGUGAUGAAGGCAGUGUGCUCCAACAUCAAUGAAGCCAAGAGGCAGAUGGAAAAGUUGGAAAUCUUAGAAGAAUGGCAGUCCCAUAUUGAGGGCUGGGAGGGCUCCAAUAUUACAGAUACGUGCACAGAGAUGCUGAUGCAGGGCGUCCUGUUGAAGAUUUCGGCUGGAAACAUACAAGAGAGGGCUUUCUUCUUGUUUGACAAGCUUCUGGUUUACUGCAAGAAGAAAAACAGGCGUUUGAAAAACAGCAAAGCAUCCAAUGAGGGUCCCCGCUACCUGUUCAGAGGACGAAUCAACACCGAGGUGAUGGAGGUGGAAAAUGUGGAUGAUGGCACAGCUGACUACCACAGCAGCGGUAACAUCGUUAACAACGGCUGGAAGAUCCACAACACAGCCAAGAACAAGUGGUUCGUCUGCAUGGCCAAGACCCCGGAGGAGAAACAGGAGUGGCUGGAGGCCAUCAUGAAAGAAAGGGAGAGGAGGAAAAGUCUUAGGCUUGGCAUGGAGCAGGACACGUGGGUCAUGGUCUCAGAGAAAGGAGAAAAGCUCUACCACCUCAUGACCAAAGGGAACCUCAUUAAAGACCGGAAACGCAAGCUUACCACUUUUCCCAAGUGUUUCCUGGGAAGACUUUUCACUUUCAAAUUGGCAAAGCUUUUUAAAGACAGCAGCAGCUGGGAAGGGCAAGAGG